AAAAAUUUUUUUUUGUUUAUGAAAUUCAUUUUUCAAUUUUGCAAUAUUGCAAUAAAAAUAAUUAACCGAUUAUCAGAUUAUUCGGACAAUUUUUCAUAGUUAUCAACAAAAAAAAUGAAAGAAAAAUUUCAAAAAAUUUUCAUCACAGUCGGUACGACACGAUUUGAUCGAUUAAUCGAAUCAUUAUUAUUGCCCAAUGUUAUUUCGGCAUUACAUGAAAUUGGUUGCAAACAAUUAACCAUUCAAUAUGGUCGUUAUCAUGAUUUGGAUCAAUUAAAUCUAUUUCAAAUGUUACCCGGUAUAAAAGUCAAUUUAUUUGAUUAUAGUAAAUCAUUUUCUAAUCAUAUCCAUGAUGCUGAUCUCGUUAUUGGUCAUGCUGGUGCCGGUACCGUAUUGGAAGUACUUCGUAUGAAUAAACCAUUAUUAAUCGUCAUCAAUGAUGAUCUUAUGGAUAAUCAUCAACAAGAAUUAGCCGAUGAAUUGGUGGAAAAUAAUUAUGUAAAAUGUACGGAUAUUGAAAAUUUUGUUCAAACAUUACGAAAAUUUGAAACAAAAAAUCUACAACAAUUUCCACAACAUGAUCCAUUAUUGUUUCGAAAUUUUAUUCAAAAUUUAUCCACAAUGGAAAUAAAAUCAUAA